GUCCGCGGCGCCGUGAACGCGAUUGGGGGCGCAACGGGGGGACUCGGCGCGGUAGAUAAGCGGCAGCGAUGUCGUCGCUGUAGCUCAUUUGCUAGUUGUUCAUCUUCAGUCGUCAUGUCUUCUGCUCCAGUCAGUUCACCUAAGGUUGCUAAGGCACCUAAGGCUAAGACCGCUAAGGUCGCUAAGAAGGCUCCAUCACAUCCAACUUAUUCUGCUAUGAUUCGUAAGGCUGUGGCUGAGCUGAAGGAGAAGUCUGGAUCGUCAAAGGCCGCUAUCCUGAAGUACAUCCUUCAGCACUACAAACUCGGAGAGAAUGUUGCUAAGGUCAACGCUCAAUUAAAAGUUGCCAUAAAGCGAGGCGUAAUCAAGGGAGACCUUAAGCAGGUCAAGGGAAGUGGAGCAUCUGGAAGCUUCAAGCUUGAAGAAAAGAAGGCUGCUGCUCCCAAAGUCAAGAAGCCAGUUGCCAAGAAGCCAGCAGGCGAGAAGAAAGCGAAAACCGCUAAGAAGCCAGCUGCCAAGAAGCCUAAGGCUGAGAAGAAGGCCAAGAGCCCGAAGAAGGCGAAAGCACCCAAGGCCAAAUCUGCCAAGAAGCCCGCUGCAGCAAAAGCCACCAAGAAAGCCACGAAACCCAAGGUCUCCAAGCCGAAAGCGGCCAAGAAGGCACCAACGAAGGCCUAA